GACCUUCUCUCCACGCCCACCCCAUCUUGUCCACCACGAUUUCCCCCUCGGGACUCAAUUUGCCCAGCAUGAUGUCCUGCAGCCGCCGUCUUACGAGCCUGGCGUCGGUUCGCCCGCGCUUUGCCGUCCGCAACUUCUCCUCCGCCGUCCCUCGUCUGUCCGAGAACCGCAUGCAGGCCAACGACCCCAACCCGCCCGUCGUCAAGCCGAAUGUCUCGGAGACCAAUGCUGAGCCCACUGACUCCUUUGGUCGCUGGGAUGGCACUAUGCAGGAGGAUCCGGCCGUGGCAGAGAAGAUCCGCAGCAUGCAGGCGCCGAACCGGACCUCCACCUGGGCCGCCAGCCAGCAGCCACGUCACGAGGCGAUGGUUGGACCGCGCUUCGAGCAGACCAUCAUGGAGGCUCAGCCGCGUCCCAUGGCUGCCAUCGAGCUCAUUCACAAGCAACCCGUGCGGUGGACAAAGUCCAAGGUCGUCAGCUGUGAUGGCGGCGGCGGUCCCCUCGGCCACCCCAAGAUUUUCAUCAACACUGACAAGCCCGAAAUUGCGACCUGCGGGUACUGCGGAGUUCCCUUCGCCAAUGAGCAGCACCGCGUCUACCUCCAGUCUCUGCCCGAAACCAGCUACCCCCUCGAGUCCACCAACGACCCCGCCGAGGUGAACGAACAGCAGCGCGUCACGGAGGGCGGCUUGGAGCAGCGGUAAACGACUAGCAUCAGAUUCCUUUUGUCGGCGUUGAUCAUUCCCGCGUAUUAUUUGUUAUUUUUAGGGCCAGAGGCCGUUGUACAGAUAGGAUCAAUUGGAUC